AUGCUCGCAGCAUUCUCCAUCCCCACACUACUACUUCUGGCUAGCGUUGCCGUAGCUCAAGAAGAGACGCCCUCUGUCGCGACCUCGCCAUUCGUCAGUCCCACGCCCGAGUCGGAGGCAAUCUUUACCAUUCAGACCUCUGCUGAUCCGGACCCAUGGUCUUGCUAUAUGGACUGCGUGCAGCCUCCGUGCCCGCCAUGUACCGGCAGCAUGAUGAGCAUCCCUCCCGUUACAGAAACAGAGUCUGUCGGCUCAAUCAGCCCUGUCCCUAUGCCUAGCGUAACAGACGUAUCGAUUCCACCCGUUACAGAGUCUGUCGUUACAACUCCCGUUCCUAUGCCCAGUGCAACGGACGUGUCAAUCCCCCCUCAAGAGUCUAGUGGUGUCAUGUCGAUUCCGGCGGGCGAGACACCUGAGCCUAGCCCUUCUUCGAGCGGCAGCUCGGACGCGAGUGCAACUAGCUCUGGUUUACCAGAGCAGACGACGAAUGCUGCCGCGCCCUUGGCCAUGGGUCACGAAUUCCCAAUCGCGGUCGCUAUCGCUGGCGCUCUGGCUUUCCUACUAGCAUUCUGUGCCAUGAUCGCGUUGGGUCGCGUCGGAGCCACUCCGGUCGGCAAAACUCAGCCCGCACACAAUCUUGAACUGGGCAACUCCCCUACAAAACAGGCGCAAACACGCGACCUGCGUCUAGCAACCAUGGCUUCUCAGAAUAGUAGCAUACCAACGCCGGUGCCGUUCCCUCAGCCCGAAGGCCUUCGCAGCCCCAACGCAUCGAGCCCUACUGUAGAGUCACCCUCUACAACGACGCGCGAACGCACCUCGACCAAUGCCUCGACCGUCUCGAAUAGAAUUCGUACUGCGACUGGAAAACUUAUGGACGUGAACCCUCCGCCUGGUAUGUGGGCAGCCACGGGAACUACAGCCGCUAAAGCCCCCUCGCUAUCAGACAUCCGAAAGGGCUCUUUUGGUUCUGAUGGAUGGAAUGAGGAUACACAACGCAAGAGAGCAAGCUCACGAGCAAGUCAGGCCGAACAGCGGUCGCGUACUUCCACCAAUGUCGCGUCCCCUACCGAGCAAUCUGAGCGCCCGUACUUCGGUGGUCAGCGCAAGGUCUCUUCGAGCAAUGCGUUGACCACAGAGCCGUUUCCUGCCUUAACUGAAGAGGAUACACGGCAAGCAGCGGGGUACGAUGGACAUGACGAGCAUGUUGCGGCCGGCGUGCAAUCGAAGCAUAGUUCCGAAACUGGGACAGAACACCUCGACGAUGACAGACCGCAUCAGCCAAAAAGAACCUCUUCAGGCCAUUACGCCAACGGCUACAUACCACCUCCUAAGCUGCCAUGGACCCAGUCGUUUAUGAUCGGUCUCAAAAGCUUCUGGAAGUGGUUCCUGACUCCCGCCGGAUUUCUCAUUACACUUUACAGCCUAAACGUUGUCGCUUGGGGCGGCAUGCUCUUCCUCCUUCUUUGCAACGCCGCACCUGCCAUGUGUACACCUACCUGUGACGACAUCAACUCUCCGCGCAGGAAGUGGGUCGAGUACGACUCACAGAUCUUGAACGCACUCUUCUGCGUUACAGGAUUUGGUCUAGCACCUUGGCGUUUCCGUGAUCUAUACUAUUGGGCAUGUUGGAGGAUUGGUGGAUCGAAGCGCAAAGAGAUGGGCAUUCGACGCCUUGCUGGGAUACAUCGGGGAUGGUUUCGACUUCCGGGCUCAGAUCGGUUGCCUGACGGAGCAGAUGCGACCGUUGUCGAUCCCGAAGAUCCAGCUGUACCAAUACCCGUCAAGGCGAUCCCAGACCCACCCCCCACGGCGAUUCGCGCGCCGCCCACUAAGAGUUGGAAGAUGGAUUUCGUCAUUUGGAAUAAUGUAUGGAACACUUUUUUCCAGAUCGUUCUGUGCUUCUACAUGUGGCACUACAACCGCAUUGAGAGGCCGUCAUGGGCUACUGGCCUCUUCGUUGCGCUAGGCUGCAUAGUGGCAGGUAUUGCAGGCAUCAUGAUGUGGCACGAAGGCAAGAACGUUAAGAAGGUCGAAGGCGUGCCUAUGCGCAGGGAUUAUGGGCUUCAGCAAGACGAUGCUGAAGCGCAGAACAUCCCGCUUGUGACUACGGGCGUGGCGACGAAGUCCUGA